GGGAUUUACAGUAGCGCGCUGAGCACAUCCCAAUUGCCUUGUCCAACUCCGUCACAACACACACAGUCAGACCUCUAGCUGCAUAUGAGUCGACAGGUUGUGUACACAGAGGAAGUCGACUGAGAACAUUUGAUAGCUAAAUAGAUUUGCUAAGAAUAACAUCUAGUAGACAAAGGCACGCAGACUUCGCCAUGUCAAGUACAACAAUCUCAAAUACCGGCUUUUAAAGCAGGAUAUGUCCGUAGUAGACUGUACUGGAUUUUUAACUCGCAGUUGCAAGUCAGCUGACGUUAACGGGUCGUCUGCUAGCACGUUGAAUAUUUCCACUGACCAAAAAAGCAACUUGGAGUUAUCCGGGAGCCGAAUGGCCUCUGUUGUGGCCUCUGUUGUGACUGUGAAAACCGAGAAGCGGCCUGCUCCUGCUGACCCUCAGGAUGUUGACUCCAACACCAAAAAACCCAGCCUAGGUUUGAGUUCAAACAGCAGCCAAGUAAACUUGCCAUGAUUUGUUUAACCUUCAUGUUGUCUAAGGAUUUGGGCACCAUCAAUGGAACCAUCACUCAAUCUCUGCCUGCCCCAAAGGAAACUGCUGCCCAGCCUGAAGACCAAGCGGGCCUCCGAGCUGGUCCUAGUUAUUGGUACAGGGGUGAGUUCAGCUGUGGCCCCUCAGGUCCCUGCAUUGCGCUCCUGGAAGGGUUUGAUCCAGGCCUUGUUGGACGCGGCCAACGACUUUGACCUCCUAGAGGAAGAGGAGAGUCGGCGUUUUCAGAAGAGCCUGAAGGACGACAAGAACCUAGUCCACGUGGCUCAUGACCUCAUCCAGAAGCUCUCUCCGAGAACAGGCAACGUGCGAUCCACCUUCUUCAAGGACUGCCUGUACGAGGUGUUUGACGAUCUGGAGUGUAAGAUGGAGAAUGCGGGGAAGCACCUUCUCCGCUCCGUAUUGCAGCUGAUGGAGAGUGGAGCGCUGGUCCUCACCACCAACUUUGACAACCUGCUGGAAAUUUAUGCAGCCCACCAGGGAUCGAAGCUGGAGUCUCUGGACCUCACAGAUGAGAAGAAGGUCCUGGAGUGGGCUCAGGGGAAGAGAAGUCUGAGCGUUUUGCACAUUCACGGUGUUUACACGAAUCCCAGUGGCAUUGUACUGCACCCUGCUGGCUACCAGAAUGUACUGAGGAACACUGAAGUCAUGAGAGAGAUCCAGAAACUGUAUGAGACCAAGUCGUUUGUGUUCCUGGGCUGCGGGCGCACGGUGGACGACACCACCUUCCAGGCUCUGUUCCUGGAGGCGGUCAAACACAAGUCGGACCUGGAGCACUUCAUGCUGGUGCGGCGCGAGGACGUUGGAGAGUUCAAGAAGCUGCGGGACAACAUGCUGGACAAGGGCAUCAAGGUCAUAUCCUACGGCAAUGAGUAUUCUGACCUGCCUGAGUACUUUGAGCGGCUGGCCAAUGAGAUCUGCAACCGCGACGCCGUCAUUAACGGCUGGGGAUCUCCCUCUCAAGAAGAACAGGAAACCCAGAAUGGCUUUCAUUCACAGAAGUGCCUCCUUCAAGACUAUUCUUCUUGACAGGCACAAAACAGGUGGGAGUAUCAGUCCUUUUCAUUCACCGUUCCUUCAUAGAGUUCAGUCUACUACUCAGGUCUGGUUUCAUUGGAUCUACUACAACUCCUCCAGGCAAAUAUGGGCCAGAAGAGAACAUGUUACUGCUCUGUAGUCACCUGCUGAUUGUUUUUAUUUUUUUCUGUACCGGUUGUCAUGACAAAGGGAAAGAUCCAGCCAAGGAGCUAACAGGAAAGCAGCUGUCCACUUAAUGUAAAUGUAGGCCUAAUGGAUAUAGAUGUGUGAAGUAGGGAUGACAUAAUGUCAGGUCCCUGAUCUGGUUUCUCGCAUAUCAUCAUUUGGAAAUGAAUCCUGUCCUGAAUGGAUGGCUGGAGGCAGUCCAAUUGACCUAGAUGUGAGAUUCUGAAGAGAAGCAGGCGUGGGGAAAAUGUAGCCAAUAUAUGGCGUAAGGGCUGUUCCGAUGCAGUGCCUGGAUACAGCCUAUAUACCACAAACCCCUGAGGUGCCUUAUUGCUGUUAGAAGCUACUUACCAACAUAAUUAGUCUGAUAUGUCAAUCAGCAUUCAGGGUUCACUCCACCCAGCUUCUUUUUAUGCCUUUUGUAUUGUUAAUACUGCAGGUUGAGAAAUGUGUAGGUAUUUAAGUGCUAUUUAAAAAAUAAAAAUAAACACUUUGGUAUCAUACACCCAA